CCUCCUUCCCGCCGCUGAGACUCGGAAGCGGUACGCCAAAUCUGUCCCCGCGCAGCCGCCGCGCCGGGCGCCGAGCGGGGCGACCAACCUCCCUGAGGCACGCCUGUGCACGUUCCCACGCACGCUCCGGCGUACGGCGGCGGCCAGGGGUCGCGAGCCGGUGGAGGACCCGCGCGCGGAGGAGCCCGGCGAGUCAGCGCCUCUUCCCUCCCUCCCCCACUCCCCUCCCCGCUCCCUCCCCCCUUCCCAAGAAUGUUCCGCUACGAGUCUUUAGAGGAUUGUCCUCUGGACGAAGAUGAAGAUGCAUUUCAGGGCUUGGGAGAGGAAGAUGAAGAGAUUGAUCAAUUCAAUGAUGAUACAUUUGGGUCAGGUGCAGUUGAUGACGACUGGCAGGAGGCGCACGAGCGCCUGGCUGAAUUGGAAGAGAAGCUACCAGCAGCGGUUCAUGAACAACCAGGCAGUGGAGAAAGGGAUGAGAUGGACUUGCUGGGUGACCAUGAGGAGAAUCUGGCGGAAAGACUCAGUAAGAUGGUGAUUGAAAACGAACUAGAAGAUCCAGCUAUCAUGAGGGCAGUGCAGACCAGGCCAGUCUUACAACCCCAACCAGGAAGUCUCAAUUCCAGCAUCUGGGACGGAUCUGAAGUUCUGAGGCGAAUCCGGGGACCACUGCUAGCUCAGGAAAUGCCUACAGUGUCUGUAUUAGAAUACGCCCUGCCUCAGAGGCCCCCACAGGGCCCAGAAGAUGAUCGGGACCUUUCUGAGCGUGCCUUGCCGCGGCGGUCCACGUCACCUGUCAUUGGGAGCCCUCCCGUCAGAGCCGUCCCCAUCGGCACCCCACCUAAGCAGAUGGCUAUACCCAGCUUCAGCCAACAGAUCCUGUGUCCGAAGCCUGUGCACGUCCGGCCCCCGAUGCCACCACGCUAUCCUGCUCCCUACGGUGAGAGGGCGUCCCCAAACCAGCUCUGCAGUGUCCCGAACUCGUCCCUGCUGGGCCACCCAUUCCCUCCUAGUGUUCCUCCUGUCCUGAGCCCCCUCCAGCGAGCACAGCUCCUCGGAGGAGCACAGCUGCCGCCUGGACGGAUGUCUCCCAGCCAGUUCGCACGGGUCCCUGGAUUUGUUGGCAGUCCGCUUGCCACCAUGAAUCCCAAGUUGCUGCAAGGGCGAGUGGGGCAGGUGCUGCCCCCAGCGCCGGGCUUCCGGGCCUUCUUCAGCGCAGCGCCCCCCGCCGCGCCGCCUCCCCAGCAGCACUCCCCUGGCCCGGGGCCUCACCUGCAGAACCUAAGGUCUCAGGCCCCGGUGUUCAGACCAGACACCACUCACCUCCACCCACAGCACCGGCGGCUCCUGCACCAGCGACAGCAGCAGAACAGGAAUCAGCAUCGGAGUCUUAACGGUGCGGCAGAGAGAGGAAGUCACCGGAGCAGCCAUCAGGACCACCUCCGAAAGGACCCCUACGCCAACCUCAUGCUGCAGCGAGAGAAGGACUGGGUCUCCAAAAUCCAGAUGAUGCAGCUGCAGAGCACUGACCCCUACCUGGACGACUUCUAUUACCAGAAUUACUUUGAAAAACUGGAGAAACUGUCAGCUGCUGAAGACGUGCAAGGUGAAGGCCCUAAAAAGGAGCGCACCAAGCUCAUCACCCCUCAGGUGGCCAAGCUGGAGCACGCCUAUAAGCCAGUGCAGUUCGAAGGCUCUCUGGGAAAGCUCACGGUUUCUAGUGUGAAUAAUCCCCGCAAGAUGAUCGAUGCUGUUGUGACAUCUCGGAGCGAGGAUGAUGAGACGAAAGAAAAGCAGGUUCGGGAUAAGAGACGAAAAACCCUUGUCAUAAUUGAAAAAACCUAUAGUCUACUCCUAGACGUGGAGGAUUAUGAAAGGCGGCACCUCCUCAGUCUGGAGGAAGAGCGGCCGGCCCUGGCGGAUGACAGAAAGCACAAAAUCUGUAGCAUGUACGACAACGUAAGGGGGAGAUUGCCUGGACAAGAGAGGCCAGGCGAUGACCACUUUGUACAGAUCAUGUGCAUCCGGAAAGGGAAGAGGAUGGUGGCCCGCAUUCUUCCUUUCCUCUCCACAGAGCAAGCAGCUGACAUUCUCAUGACAACGGCCAGGAAUCUCCCUUUCCUUAUCAAGAAGGACGCGCAAGACGAGGUGCUGCCAUGUUUACUGGGUCCCUUCUCCCUCCUGCUCUAUCACCUUCCGUCAGUGACUGUCACCAGCCUUCUGCAACAGCUAAUGAACCUACCUCAGAGCGCGGCUGCGCCGGCGCCCUCUAACCCUCACCUCGCUGCUGUGCUCCAGAACAAGUUUGGCCUGUCGCUGCUCCUCGUCAUCCUGAGCCGUGGGGAAGACCUGCAGAGUUCAGACCCUGCUGCAGAAUCCACACACAGCGCCCAGUGGACAGAGGUGAUGUUCAUGGCAACCCGAGAACUUCUGCGGAUUCCCCAAGCAGCCCUGGCCAAGCCGAUCUCGAUACCCACAAACCUGGUGUCCCUCUUUUCUCGCUAUGUUGAUCGACAGAAACUGAACUUGCUGGAGACAAAGCUGCAGCUAGUUCAGGGGAUACGAUAAAAGAUCUCCACAUGUGUCCUGUACCUCCUUUUGGCUGCCUCCUGCACUGCCGCCAUCACAAGGGAGUGGUUUUAAUGAGGGAGGGAAGGUAGCUUAUUCCCCAAAGCGUCUUGUGGGCCCGGCUCCCGUCCGCGGGGGUUGCCUCUGAAUGCCAGGUGUCCCCCACCGCUCUGUGAAAGUUGGCUGGGUGACACUUCUGCUGGUUUCUUCUUACUUCUGUGUCACAGUUCUGCAUGUCCUGCUCUCUCUCAAGUCUUCUCAAUUUUGCAUUUUCUUUGCCCUAGAGACACAAUUAUAAUCUCUCCCUUUGCCCCACCACCACCGCUCCGGAUCAGAGGAGACUAGCCUGCCAAAGGGUUCCUUCCCUCAUCCUGUUAAAGCUUCUUUCAUUGCCCAGUAUUAAUACGACUAUAGGAGAACCGAUCAAGUAGAAACCAACGUAUGCGUGUGCGCACACGCCCCCGCUCCAGAGGACCCUUAGGGAACGAGUUUUAGACUAAAAUAUGUAGUUGACACGUCACUCCUCUAAAAACCAGCUGAUAAUAUUUUUAAUCUGUUUCUAGUCCAUCCUGUAAUUAAUUUGGCGGGUUCUACUUGUUUUAAUAAUAAAUGCAGGGUAUGCAGCACGUUAAUAAAGUCACAACUCUGAAUUGGUGACACCCAGCUCUAGGCUGAGAAGUCCUGUCUCGUCCCCGCCGUGCUUCCCUGUGUCUGUCCACCUCCGUGAAACCGCACACGGUGGAGCCCUUUUCCCGCUGCAGCGGCGGUGCCCUGGGCCUGUCCCCUCCACAACCGCGAGGUGCCCCCGACGAACUGGACGAGAGCCUGCGUCCGCAGCGCAGCGUUUGCACACUCGCUCUGUCUUCCUGAGACGUCAGAAAGCCACGCUUCUACUUCCCUGUCCCCCGUUUGAGCCGGCGUCGUGGGCGGCAACCUCCCGUGGCAGCCACGGAAGCCGAGUCUGGCUCGCCUUGCCCUGCAGGCCCCUCCACACCACGGACACAACCGCCAUCCCUCCCCGUCCCCCCCUCCCCAGGCCGCCAGGGGCCCGGCUCCGUGUCCCAGCAGCACAGCCCGCCGUGUCCUCUGCACCUGUCCCCAUCCCGCACAGCAGCCACGUGGGCCGAGGGCUUUGAUCCCGAGGGAUGACAGCCCUCGAGACCGUUGAACCAGAGUCCGUUUCUCAUGACACCCUGGUUACACUGUGUGCUCUUCUCACCUGUUCAGUGUGAGUGGGGGGACACCUUGCGAUAUUCAAGGAGAAUCGACAUUUUGCACAUACACCUAUUGUACAACCAUAAAGCCCUCCAUUAGAGCCGGCUGUCCUCGCUGUCCAUCUGUCUGUCCCCGUCCCGUGGCCCCGGCCCCAGCAGCUGCUCGCGGUGACACAACCCAGUGCCCUCCGCCCUCCCCCACUGACUGUUUCCACCACGCGCCUCUCCUCCCCCCCCCACAACUGAUCAAGUGAAUACUUGACUAUUAUUUCUUCCUUUCUGUGCUUUAUCUUUUUUGUUUGGUUCUAAUUAAUAAAAAUUAAAGUUUCUAAAUUUA